UAGCAGCUGUUGGGAACUUGUUCUUGUCUUUUAAGAUCCUGGAGGCCUUCCCUUUAGAUUUCACCAGACAAGUUGUUUUCUCCUCCAGUGAGCCAGCAGGAGGUGCUCAAGGGCUGUGCCCAGCAGGACAGGGAAACCAGGUUCUACUGUGGACUGCCUAUUAGUCUGCCUAUCUGCAUUCUCUGCAUUUCAUUCUCAUUCCUGAGAUCUAGUUUUGGCUUGGAAAUAAGAUACUCGUAUCUACCUAAUGCCAAUGAUUGAUUUUGAGGAUGUGGCUGCAAUAAACCCAGAACUCUUACAGCUACCUCCUUUGUACCCGAAGGACAAUCUGCCCCUGCAGGAAAAUGUAACUGUUCAGAAACAGAAACGCAGAUCAAUCAACUCCAAAAUUCCUGCUCCAAAAGAAGGUAAUUGGAUUUAUGGUCUCCGAAGCCGCUCUACUCGCAUGUUCGCUAUCCCAGAGGCUCGAAUCACCACUCAGGAAAAUGAUAUGGAAUUAGAGCUGCCUGUGUCCACCAACUCUCGCAAGCAGUUUCCAGCUACCAUUCGGAGGAAAUCAUGUAUUGUAAGAGAAAUGGAAAAGAUGAAGAACAAACGGGAAGAGAAGAAGGCCCAGAAUUCUGAAAUGAGAAUAAAGCGAGCGCAGGAAUAUGACAGCAGCUUUCCAAACUGGGAGUUUGCCCGGAUGAUUAAAGAAUUUCGUGCUACUCUGGCAUGUCAACCACUUACUAUGACUGACCCUAUAGAAGAGCACAGGAUCUGUGUCUGUGUUAGGAAACGGCCACUGAAUAAACAAGAAUUGGCCAGAAAAGAAAUAGACGUGAUUUCCAUUCCAAGCAAGUGUCUCCUCUUGGUGCAUGAACCCAAAUUAAAAGUGGACUUAACAAAGUAUCUGGAGAACCAGACAUUCUGUUUCGAUUUUGCAUUUGAUGAAACAGCUUCAAAUGAAGUUGUGUACAGGUUCACAGCAAGGCCACUAGUACAGACGAUUUUUGAAGGAGGAAAAGCUACUUGUUUUGCAUAUGGGCAGACAGGAAGUGGAAAAACUCAUACUAUGGUUGGAGACCUGGCUGGCAAAUCCCAGAAUGCAUCCAAGGGGAUCUACGCCAUGGCCUCCCAGGAUGUGUUCCUCCUGAAGAAUCAGCCUCGCUACCGGAAUCUGGGCCUGGAAGUCUACGUAACAUUCUUCGAGAUCUACAAUGGGAAGCUGUUUGACCUGCUUAAUAAGAAGGCCAAGCUACGUGUGCUGGAGGAUGGCAAGCAACAGGUGCAGGUGGUGGGGCUGCAGGAGCACCUCGUUAACUGUGCAGAGGACGUCAUCAAGAUGAUCGACAUGGGCAGUGCCUGCAGGACCUCUGGACAGACAUUUGCCAACUCCAACUCCUCCCGCUCCCACGCCUGCUUCCAGAUUCUUCUUCGAACCAAAGGGAGGAUGCAUGGCAAGUUCUCUCUGGUGGAUCUGGCAGGAAAUGAGCGAGGUGCAGACACCUCUAGCAUGGACUGGCAGACCCGCAUGGAGGGUGCUGAAAUCAACAAGAGUCUCCUGGCCCUGAAGGAAUGCAUCAGGGCUCUGGGCCAGAACAAGGCUCACACCCCAUUCCGAGAGAGCAAGCUGACACAGGUGCUGAGAGAUUCCUUCAUUGGGGAGAACUCGAGGACCUGCAUGAUUUCCAUGAUCUCACCAGGCAUUAGCUCCUGUGAAUAUACUCUGAAUACACUCAGAUAUGCAGACAGAGUCAAAGAAUUGAGCCCCUACAGCGGGCCCAGUGGAGAGCAGCCUAUGCAAAUGGAGAUAGAUGAGGCUGAAGCCAGCUUUGCCGGGGCCCCUGCAGCAAACAAUUUCUCCAAGGAGGAGGAGGAGGAAUUGUCUUCCCAAAUGUCCAGCUUUAAUGAAGCUAUGACUCAGAUCAGGGAGCUGGAGGAAAGGGCUGUGGAGGAGCUCAAGGAGAUCACACAGCUAGGACCAGCCUGGCUUGAGCUCUCUGCGAUGUCUGACCAGCCAGACUAUGACCUUGAGACAUUCAUAAAUGGAGCUGAAUCUGCCAUGGCCCAGCAAGCCAAGCACUUGGAAGUCCUGCAAGAGGUCAUCAAGGCCUUGCGCCUGGCCAUGCAUCGGGAAGAGCAGGCAAGCAAGCAGAUGCGCAGCAAGAAACGGCCCCAGUGAUGACGGCAAAUAAAGAUCUGUUUGGUUCCCUGGUGUCUUCCCCUUUAGCCCCUCUUUGGCAGGCUUUGGGUGCCUGGCGGGUUGGUCAAGGUCCGAGCCGGGUGUGUUCUGGUAAAUGCCAAGGGUGGGAGCACCUGGGGCAGGGAACGCCACUUUCCUUCUCCUGGAUCUGGAAUGAGAAGGAGCUUCUAGCUGUUCUGUGCAUUGGCCAGCUCUUUGUUG